CUUGCUAAUGGACCAUAAUUCAGGUUAUGUUUCUAAUGUGAAUAUGGGAGUUGGGGGCAGGUGUGUAUUGUUAAAACUGAAACAUAAAGGGGCAGGCAUGUUUCAGUGAACCUGGUGAGACUCUAGCAGCAAGAAAACAAAACCACAUAAUCUAAGGCUCACGCCCAACUCUGUGCAGCUGGGUGUCUGCUAGUUCCUGUGUGGUUUGCCUACAGACUGACUGGGGGUAGCUUGCGGGGAGAGCAACAGGCAGGGAGGAGGAAGCUGUAUUGAUGGAUCUGGGGCUUGCACCCUGCUUCAGUGUGGUGCUCAGAAGCCAUCCCAAGGCAGACCUAUACACUGAAGCGCAGUCAUCUUGACAUCUGAAUGCAUCUUCCCACUGGCAAAAGGCGAUUCUAAUAACUCGUCGUCACAGCCGAGAUACACACUCAACCUCUUCACUUCCAAAAGCUUCUUGUCAAGACAUGGAAGCUAUUGCCAAGUUUGAUUUCAUGGCCUCGGGUGAGGAUGAACUGAGCUUUCACACUGGUGACAUUCUGAAGAUACUAAGCAAUCAGGAGGAGUGGCUCAAGGCGGAGCUCGGAAGCCAAGAAGGAUAUGUGCCUAAGAAUUUUAUAGAUAUUGAGUUUCCUGAGUGGUUCCAUGAAGGCCUCUCUCGACAUCAAGCAGAGAACCUACUCAUGGGCAAGGAAAUUGGGUUCUUCAUCAUCAGGGCCAGCCAGAGCUCCCCAGGAGACUUCUCCAUCUCUGUCAGGCAUGAGGAUGAUGUUCAGCACUUCAAAGUCAUGCGAGACAACAAGGGCAAUUACUUCCUAUGGACUGAGAAGUUCCCAUCCUUGAACAAGCUGGUGGACUACUACAGGACAACUUCCAUCUCCAAACAGAAGCAGAUCUUCCUUCGGGAUGGAACCAGAGAGGAUCAGAGUCACCGGGGCAACAGCCUGGACAGGAAGUUCCAGGGAAGCCCUCAACCAAGUGGCAAUGUAGGAGAAGAAACCCGACCUUUGAUGAACCGGAAGCUGUCAGAUAACCCUCCCACCCGUCCCCAACAGUACCACCAGCACCAGCAGCCACCUCCUCCGUUCCCACCAGGGCCACAGCACCCUCCACAGCGGUAUCUGCAGCACCACCAUUUUCACCAGCGAGUGCGCUGGGCCCGGGCACUGUAUGACUUUGAGGCUCUGGAGGAGGAUGAGCUGGGAUUCCGAAGCGGAGAGGUGGUUGAAGUCCUGGACAGCUCCAACCCAUCCUGGUGGACCGGCCGUCUACACAACAAACUGGGUCUCUUCCCUGCCAACUAUGUGGCUCCCAUGACGCGAUGAGCACUGCCAGGGGGCCAGAGGCUUUUUGUCUGAAGUUGCCUGCAAGAUAGAGACAAGGGGAAAAAGCUGGACUUUAUAACUACACAUGCAUGCAUGCAAUGUACAUGUGUGCCCGUGUGUACACAAAACAUGUAUAUGUAUGUGUGCCUGUGUCUACACACAGCAUUUUAUAAUAGUAAUUUAUUGGCAGCUGGGUUGGGCUGGUUCAUUGACAGGCAUGAGAAGGAACUCUGAAGAGGGGGGCUCUUCUCUGUAAGAGGGCAGUAGGGAGCUGAGGGGGGCAGGGAAAUGGACUUCUCUCCAUCCUUGAACUUUCACGGCUUCUUUCCUGGCUUGGGACUUUCACAAGAGAGCAAGAAACUAAGCAGAGGUCACACCCCAGCGAUGGACGCACAGGACGGGGCUGGGCUUGGCGAGGCAUGUUUAAGUAGCUCACUUGGCCCUGUCCACCUACAGGGUAGCUUCCCUCCUGUUCUCCACAGGGCAGGCACUGCACCCUGAGAAUUAAGGUGUAGCAGAUCCAGGGCCACAGGCACCAAGCAAGUCUGAGCUGGUAAUUUGGCAAGGGCGUGGUCAAGAUUCUCAGCUUGGUGUGGGAGAGUACUUCAAGCCUCAGGCCUAGGCAAUGCCCGGCUAAAACUUUUACUUUCCACCAGUGACUGUCCAUAUGGCAAUCUUCUUCCCCUGUGUCUGAAAAGAGAGGGUGUUUCUAACGUGGAGAUGCCACAGAGGCGAGCGCUAGGGAACACAGGGGUUCUCCACAGGCCCUUGUGGCUUGCUUGAGUAUAACUUCUGUUUUCCCAGCUGCAAAGAAAGCUGUAGCCUAGAUUCUGUGAGGUGCCUGGUGAAGCCCUGGCUGGGAAUGUGGGGUGUGUCAGCAGGCUCAUUUUGUGGUUACAAGGGUUGUCUCUGUGGAGUGCACUUGGAUUUGGCUCCUGACUUUCUGUGGUUGAGGGUAUCUUUGCCAGUGGACCAGAGGGAAGCCAAGAGCAUUGACUGUAGAUCGAUAAAUAAAUUGGCUGAUUGACUCUAA